AUGGCCUCACAAUUCGCUACAUCGCCAUCAGCAAGCGCAUCAGCCUCAGCCAGCUCGGGCAGCGUACGCUAUCCCGAGCGGCAGUCCGCGCCUGGCUCUGCGGCGCGUAACGUAGCGGGCAUCGUCCAGGGCUUGACGCCGCUCUUCUCCUCUCUCGCCUCCGCUGCCUCCUCCUCUCGCACCCCUGGCGUCCUGGAGCUGGCCUCGGGCCAAGGCACACACGUCUCUGCUUUAGCACGCGCCUUCUCGACGCUGCGCUUUUCGCCGUGUGAAGCAGACGCUUCGCUCUGCUCGCUGAUCAACGACGCGUGCUCUGGCCUGUCAAACGUCGCCGAGGCACGCGUGCUGGAGAUCGAGCAAGGCGAGCACUGGGCUGCACUGCAGGCGCGGGAAGAGGACGGAUUCGAGGCAGUGCUGGCGCUCAAUCUGGUACACAUCAUCCCAGCACCGCUCGUCCGGACGCUCUUUGAGCGCGUGGCAGAAGUGCUGAAGCCGGGAGGCACUCUGGUGUUGUACGGCGCGUACAAUGAGAACGGCAAGGUCACGAGCGAGGGCAAUGCUGCUUUCGACGCAAACCUGCGCACUCGCAACCCCGAGUUCGGGCUACGGGAUCUUCAGCGUGAGCUCGAGCCACUAGCGCAGCAACACGGCAUGCGGCUCAAGGAACGCAUCGAGAUGCCUGCCGGGAACUUGCUUGUGCUCUUUGAGCGCAACGAGAAAGGGAGGAAUGCAUGA